UAGUUUUCUUGUUCGAGUUCUUCGGGAGUUGUUAAGGCUAGUUAUUGUGUCUCUUGUUGGCGAGUUUCGUGAUUUUAUCUCAGAAUUUCUCUAAAGUUUUUGAUAUGUCUUCUUCGAAGAGUAGAAAACGCAGAUCAGAUUCCUCUAGUUCGAGCAAAAGUUCAUCAGACUCAGACAGUAGUCUAUCUAGUAAAGAAUAUAAGAAGAGGAAACAUUCAGUAAAUAGCUCAGGUGACUCUGAAAAUGAAAGAAAAUCUAAAGUUAGAAAGCAGCAGAAGGAGAAGUUAGAGGAUCAACACGGUAGUAAACACGAACGUUCUGAUAAACAUAAAAGAGAGCACAGAGAAAAUAAGGGGGUUGAUAGUAAAAGAAAUGAAACAAAAAUUGAAAGAGGUAAGAAUCAAAAAUACCGAAGAAGUUAUGAGAGAGAUGACAGACAUAGGAAUGACAAUAGGAGUGAUGAUCGAAGAAAAAAUGAAUAUGGAAGGGAAAGGGGGAGAAAUGAAAGGGAUAGAAAUGAUUUCGGAACUAGAAGAAGAAGUCCUGGAAGAUUUAGAGGUAGUAGGAAUAGAAGAAGUAGAAGUAAAUCUUUCGAUCAUGCUAAUGCUAAGUGGGGUAAAGAGGACCAGAAGAACUCUAAUGAGAAACCCACUGGAGAAAAGCAAAAGCCAAAUUUUGGACUGUCAGGCAAAUUAACUGAAGAAACAAAUACUUAUAGAGGUGUUGUCAUUAAGUAUAGUGAACCCCCAGAAGCGCGAAAACCAAAACGUAGAUGGAGGUUAUAUCCUUUUAAAGGAGAGAAAGCUCUUCAAACUUUAUAUAUUCAUAGAGAAAGUGCUUAUUUGAUUGGGAGGGAUAGAAAAGUUGUUGAUUUACCGGUUGAUCAUCCAUCUUGUUCCAAGCAACAUGCUGCUCUUCAAUAUCGCUUGGUUCCCUUUACACGAGACGAUGGGAGUGUUGGUAAAAGAGUGAGACCUUAUUUGAUAGAUCUUGAAUCUGCAAAUGGAACAUUCAUAAACAAUAAAAAAAUUGAGUCUAAGAAAUACGUCGAAUUAUUGGAGAAAGAUGUUAUCAAAUUCGGCUUUAGUUCACGAGAAUAUGUGCUGCUCCAUGAAAACAGCAAAGAUGAGGCACAAGAUGACGAUGUGAAGUUGGAAGAGGAGGAAGUUACGGUGAAGAAAGAAGAACAGGAUGCUUGAGGUUUCAAAAUCAAUAAUUCAUAAUUUUUUUUUGUGUAUAGUCUUACGGUUCAGUUGGAGAAUUAUUUAUCUUCAAUUUUUGUAUAUAAACUUAUGUAAUAUAUGAUUUAGGGUAAAACAAUAAAUGGUAAAAA